CUAGCUAAGUGAGCGAUUUGUAAGCAAUCAUCUUAGCAAGUUCUUUGUAAAGUCGUCCCUCUCCAAAAGAAGAUCAGUGGUUUAGGUGGCUUCCUAAUUAAUGUCUAGAGCAUGUUAAAUGUAGAAAGUUGAAAUAGUUACCAUGAAUUUAAGAUUAAAAUAGCAUGAUUCAAUCAAAACAAUCGGUUUCCUAUUAGAAGCAAGCAAUGCUUUCUGUCCGCCCCGAGGUGUGUCGUCACUGGGAGGGAUUUGCCGGGGAUUUUCCUCACGUAGAUGCCCCCCAGUGAGUUACGGGGCUUAUAAUGCGGUAGUGUCUAAUGCUGGGUAUGAGUAGAGUCAGUUUCUGUUAGGCGUGAUGACAUUUGUGGAGACCUUGACAGUUUGCUUUGUUGGAGCACUCCUCGGGUUUCGAACCUGCAGCCAUGCCGCAGUUUCACAGACAAAUGAAGGCGCUCCCAUAGGGCGCUCAGUAUCAGGGCAUAUGAAUGUACUGUUUAUUGUCAUUGAUGAUCUACGCACAACUUUAGGAUGUUACGAGGAUCCACUAGUGAAAUCCCCAAAUAUCGAUCAGCUGGCUAGCAGGAGUACACGUUUUCAGAAUGCAUUUGCACAACAAGCCUUGUGUGCUCCCAGCAGGACAUCAUUUCUUACUAGUCGCAGGCCUGACACAACACGUCUUUAUGAUGUGGGAUCUUACUGGAGGAAUCACGCUGGGAAUUAUUCUACACUGCCUCAGUAUUUCAAGAUGAAUGGCUAUACCACAAUGUCUGUAGGGAAAGUUUUCCAUCCAGGAAUUGCAUCAAAUCAUUCUGAUGAUUACCCCUACAGUUGGUCUAUGGUGCCUUACCAUCCGUCUACAGAAGAAUAUGAAAAUCGGAAGACGUGCAAAGGCAAAGACGGUCAGCUGCAUGCCAACUUGGUCUGUCCAGUAAAUGUCACAGAAGUUCCAGAGGGCACCCUACCUGACAUACAGAGCACAGAAGAGGCCAUCCGGCUAUUAAAGUCAGUACAGAAUUCCACAGAACCGUUCUUUUUGGCAGUAGGCUAUCACAAGCCACACAUACCAUUCCGUUACCCUCAGGAAUUCUUAAAACUGUACCCAAUGGAAAAUAUCACCUUGGCCCCUGAUCCCGAUAUUCCAAAAAGACUUCCUUCUGUAGCAUAUAAUCCCUGGACAGACAUUAGGAAAAGGGAAGAUGUGCAAGCACUCAACAUCAGUUUUCCUUAUGGGCCUAUCCCCAAAGAGUUCCAGCUUCUUAUACGACAGAGUUACUUUGCUUCAGUAUCAUACAUGGACAGUCAGGUUGGAAAGGUACUCAGUUCUCUGGAUGCCCUAGGACUGGCUAACAAUACAAUUGUUGUAUUUACAUCUGAUCAUGGUUGGUCACUAGGUGAACAUGGAGAAUGGGCCAAGUACAGCAACUUUGAUGUCGCUACCAAGGUGCCGCUGCUAAUGUAUGUGCCUGGUUUAACCAGUUCAUUUCUUAAGGCUGGUGAACAGAGAUUUCCUUUCAUUGAUCCAUUUCAUCUUCCUCAGCGUCAAAUAAACAGAGGAUUGAAGACUAAUAUCGUUGUUGAACUGGUAGACUUGUUUCCAACCCUCUGUGAGCUUGCAGGAUUGGCAGUCCCACAAGCAUGCCCAGAACCUUCGUUUGAUGUUGAGCUGUGCACACAAGGGAAAAGCAUUGCAAAGUUGCUACAUCCUGAUGCUGCUGUUCAAGAUAAUGAAGCGAUUGCAUAUAGCCAAUACCCCAGACCUGCUGAUCUGCCUCAGGAAAACUCAGACUUGCCAGAACUAGAGGACAUUAAAGUAAUGGGAUACUCCAUUCGUUCAUCUAACUAUAGAUAUACUUUAUGGGUCGCAUUCAAUCCAUCCAACUUUACCUCAGAUUUUCAGAAUGUACAUGGUGGGGAACUUUAUCUUCUACAGUCUGACCCUAGAGAAGACAACAAUUUGUACAGCAACCACACCUUUGCUGACGUAAACAAAACACUUUUUACUAAGUACAUUAAGCGGCCUUGAUUACAGUCAGCAAUAAUUUAUGCUUUUACUGCUACUACUAAAAAUAAUAAUGUAAUGAUAAUUCAGUGCAGGUGCUCUGCACUGUUAUAUGCUGCCAGUCAUUGCUGCAGCCUCUUGUGAUUUUAACAGUUUUGUUCUCCAGGUUACAUGAAGUCCUGCUGAAGCAGUGUGUCUAGAUUUACAAUACCGGAACUACAAAGAAGCUUUAUAAAUGGGUUUUGUAAAACAGAAUUGGAAACAGUUGAGCAUGUUGUUGCUGGCUAUGAUAUACUAAUGGCAGAAGGACUGUAUACUGAAAGAUUAUAAUG